AUGGAGGGUUCUCUCUACAAAUGGACAAACUACCUGAGCGGUUGGCAGCCACGGUGGUUUGUUCUGGAUGGUGGUAUUCUCUCGUAUUACGACUCCCAGGAUGAUGUCAGUAAGGGCUGCAAGGGCAGCAUUAAAAUGGCAGUGUGCGAGAUACAAGUGCAUUCAUCAGAUGGCACGCGUUUGGAUCUCGUCAUCCCUGGGAGCAGCACUUUAUCUGCGGCCAUGAACGCCGCUGAACGCCAAUCCUGGCUUGUGGCCCUGGGCAGCUCCAAGGCCUGCCUGCAUGACAGCCGCUCCAAGAAAGAGAAAGAGAUUAGCGAGACCAGCGACUUCCUCAAAACCAAAAUGUCAGAGUUGCGACUCUACAGCGACCUGAUAAAACAGCAGAUAAACACAGUGCGGGAGUCCCUCCAGCCAGGAGAGAGUCGGACACGGCCUGACAUGGAAAAAAUGAAUGAAGCAUCAUCACUGCUGGAUGCCACAUGCGGCACGUUUCUAAAGACCCUGGAGGAGUGCAUGAUCAUCGCCAAUUCCAGCUUCAAGCCAGAGCUCUUCCACUUCUCUCCACCACCUUCGCCUGUAUCCCCUGUCUCUCCUGCCUCCGCUCCCUUCCAUAUCAAUCGGAUCAAACGUACGAGCCAGCCAAACUUUGGGUCCCUUGAAAGGCACGCGACUCAAACAUGGAGGAUGGACAGCAAGCAGCAACAUCAGCAGCAUGGAGGCACGACAGUUGUGAGGGAUCUGGAAGAGAUGGCAUCGAUUCGAUCCCUGAGGCGGCUCCAGAGGCAGCGAUCCCCGUCACAGACAGAUGCUGAGCAGCACCUCCGCGCGGCCACCACUGCGCCAGAGGGUCAGAAUUCAAUUUCGGCUACCGCUCCAUCAGAAAUGGACAGUGUCCAGUGCUCGGCAGAGCGUGCAGAAGAAGAAUCUGAAGACUCUCUAUCUCCACACGAUUUUAAGGAUGCCAACGGAGACUUAAAUGGGUCUCAUGUGAUUUCAGAGCAAGCACUUCCACAACCCGACUCUCCAAUUGGUGUGUAG